ACUCUCCCAGCUUGCACUCUGAUAAGAAGAAUAUUAUUACUCUACUAUUGGCCUGGCCAGAUAAGAUGUUUUGGGCGGGCAGCUUGCACUUUUUAAAAGUUCCCAUUAUGCUGCACCAGUAUCUCCAGAUCCCAUUCCCAGGAUACUAAGCUGCUUUCUCCUUAAAACUGCAAAGAGCAAUGGAGAAUUUAGGCAAAGACUGCGCUUACUCGGACUCUUCCCCACAGUCAUCUGCAGCCCAUGAGGAGUACGCUGUACCAGAUGUCAUCAUCACCCGCCGCUUGAGGGACCGCGAGCAGCUCCGUAAAAGAAAAAUGGAAGCCCAGGAGAAAGACUUCAUUCAAUGGGUUCUGAGCGAUCAGAAAAAACGGCAAAGGAGACGCAGAGGAGCCAGGAGAGGAAGGCGCCGCCAGGCAGUGGUGGAGAUCAACCCAGAGCUAGAACAAGAGCUGGACCCUGAGGCCAGCUCCCAGGAGGAGGCUGAGCCAGAGCAUCCUGAGUCGGCGCCACCUGAGCCAGUGCAUCAAGAGCAGUCACCCUUGCUGACCACCCAGGACAUGGUCGGUGGAAUGCAACUAGGAGUGGUGGAGAGGGAGCUGGCAGACAGGAGCCAGGAUUCUGCAGCAAUGUCUGUGCCAGGGGAGAAGAAGAGGCCGCUCACUGCAAGGCAUGCAACGCUCUCGUGCCAUGGAAAACAACCAUUCUGCAUCCCCAGGACUGGGGCACUCCACACCAGCCCAGGUCCCAGCCCUGAGAUCUUGAAGCGGGCAAGCAUCAGGGCUGCAUUUAUUUUCCUCCUGCCUUUAAACCCAGCUGGGAUUUACCCUCUCUAACUCUCCUCUGCAACC